AAAAAAUAAAAAAAAUACGAAGAUAAAGACCACAUGGUCUCACAUUUCAGACCAAAGCAGCUUCAAGGAACAUGCUUUAGAAAAAGAAAACAAAAAAAAAAAACUUCUCUCAUUUCACACCCUCUAACCAAGAAAGUUUCAAAGUUAUAUUCUUUUGUGAACAAAUUUCUUAGUUCACAUAUUUAUUUUGUUAGUGGUUUUGUUAAAAAUGUCAACUUUCCCUAAUACGGUUUCCGAUAGCCAGAGGUCCGGCAAGGCACCGGAGAAGUUCAAAUUUUCACAGACUUGUAGUCUUUUGAGUCAAUUCUUGAAGGAAAAAAGAAUUUCUGGUGAUUCUACUCCUGGAUUAUUUGGGAAAAUUAAGCCUAAAGCAAGUACAAAGGAUUUGUUAGGCAACAAGCAAAACUCAGAUGGAGGUUUGAGACUAAAUGCUUCUGCUAUGGAUUCUCUUCCCCAGCUUGUGGAAAACCCCUGCAUUAAGAAGUCUAAUAUAAGAUCAACAAAUUCUGAAACUCCUCAAUUGACAAUAUUCUACGCCGGAAAAAUGUUAGUAUUUGACGCUUUUCGGCCGGAGAAAGCGACGGAAAUCAUGGAAUUGGCCACCAAAUUAGCCUCUGAAAAUUCAAGCAGGGAGGAAAAUCCAACAAGUGCACCUAUCACUAGUGAAAAAUUAAAGGAUUCCAAAGUUCCUCAACCAAAGACUGCCUUAGAAACCCCUAGAGAAAACCAAGUCAUUGGUUCUGAUAUGAGAUAUCCAAGAAGAGCUUCACUUCUUAAAUUCCUUGAGAAAAGAAAAGAAAGGGUCAUUAGUAGAGGACCAUACCAAAUUAACAACCACAAAAUUGAGGGUAGUAGUUCAGGAGGGGAACCAAAAGAGCAGUGUUCCAAACACUUUGACCUUAACAUAUAAUUAUUUAAUUCAUCAUGAACUUUUUAGGUUAUACAAGGCAAUGGCCAGCCAAAUUGCCUUUCCUAACUAUGUUAUAUGUAAGGCCUUCAUAUAGAUUUAUAUAAGAGAUACAUAUAUAUUUGUAUGUAUUAUUUUGUGACUCAAUUAGGUCCAACACUUCGGAUCAAGUCCAAAGAUUAAUUAGUUUUAUUAUUGUCAUUGGUUAAUGAUUUUAGAUUCAGAAAAUUGCAAGUUUUUGUGUUUA